AUGGAUCCCAUGGCCAGCAGCUGCAUGCGGAGCCCUCACCCCCCAGCUCCCAUCUGGGGCUGCCUCCGUAACCCCCACUCUGAUGGUGCUGGGACCUCGGGGCUCCCCCACUACCCGCCAACCCCCUUCUCCUUCCACCAGAAACCAGAUUUCCCGGUGACGGCGACAGCGGCGUACCCCGACUUCUCGGCCUCCUGCCUGGCGGCCACCCCGCACAGCUUGCCCCAGGAAGAGCACCUUUUUGCUGAGCAGCACCCCGCCUUCCCACAGCCCCCCGACUGGCACUUCCCUGUGUCUGAAGCCCCACGAAAGCUACCCCCGGGCCCCACUGGCAGCUCCCGCGGUGAGAUGGGGGCCAGCAGCCCGGGCCUGGUGGAUACUGUGGGAGGUCCAGGUGAGGACUACGAGGUCCCUGGGAGCACUGCCAGUGAGACGGAGAAGAAGGCAGCCCGGAGGAAGAAGGAGAGCUCAGACAACCAGGAGCCCCGAGGGAAGCCAGAGGGUGGCAGCAAGGCCCGCAAAGAGAGAACAGCCUUCACCAAGGAGCAGCUGAGGGAGCUGGAGGCUGAAUUUGCUCAUCACAACUACCUGACCCGGCUGCGGAGAUAUGAGAUCGCUGUCAACCUGGACCUGUCCGAGCGGCAGGUCAAAGUUUGGUUCCAAAACCGAAGAAUGAAAUGGAAGCGCGUGAAGGGGGGUCAGCCUGUUUCCCCCCAUGAGCAAGACCCCGAGGAUGGGGACUCAGCAGCUUCUCCAAGCUCAGAGUGA